AUGGCCACCAUGCAAGCACCCUCGCAUCCCAUGUACGACGUCAUCUUCGAUGUGCGCACCAAGAUCGACCGCGUCAGAGCUCUCGAAGCCGACAAACAGCGCACUUCCGCCUCCUACGAUGCCGCGCAGCAGAACCUCAAAGACGUCAAGAGCCGCGGCGACACUCCGACCGACGAUGACAUUGAGCGCGUGCACAAAGCCAUGAUGGAGCGCACACAAACCCGGCUCGAGAUCAUGUCCAUCAUGCAAGAGAUUGGCAACGAGUCCGACACCAUCUUCCAGCUGCGCGACGACUACGAGAGGUACUGCAAUUCUGUGCAGAAGUCGAUGAAGCCAGGACAAAAGCCGCCGCCCCUGGCUUCGCAGGUUCUGAAGGAGAUUGCCGAUGUCAUGAGCCUGCUGAAGACCGAUGAAUGA